UGACCUCUGCAGGGUUACUACAGACCCCUUCGGCUACAAGUCCUCGGUGCUUUUGGCGAUAGGGGGUGGGAACCUAGGAGCUAAACCCGGAGGCUAGUGUGUUGCAAUUACUCACCGACCUCAAAGAGCAGAGGAAGGAAGGAACCGGGAAGCACAAGCACAGUUCCGGGCAGCAGAACCUGAACACCAUCAUGUAUGAGACAUUAAAAUACAUUUCUAAAACACCAUGCAGGCACCAAAGUCCUGAGAUUGUAAGAGAGUUUCUCACAGCGAUGAAAAGCCACAAGCUAACCAAGGCAGAGAAGCUGCAGCUACUGAAUCACAGGCCCGGGACGGCCGUGGAGAUCCAGCUGAUGGUGGAGGAGAGCGAAGAACGGCUGACGGAAGAGCAGAUCGACGCCCUCCUCCAGACGAUCACCAGCCUCCUCCCGGGAGAUCCGCAGGCCGAACCGAAGAAAGAAGCCGAUGUGUCGGCGGAAGAGGGGGACCCCGCCUAGGAGGAAACUGGUGGAAGCUGCCCAACCCGGUGAAAGUCCCUGCUCCCAAGUCCGCCUCGGCCGCUCCCACCAACGGCCACCGAUUGGACCGUCCUCCGGGAUGACCGAAAGCUUAGCCAAUGAACCGAGCGGAGGAUAAUAAAGAUGGACUAAGGGUCCAUGGCUAUGA